CAGAGUGAAGGAGUCUUGCAAGCAAGCAUGAACCACAAACCAGUUGGGCUGAGGGCCAGUGAAGGGCCUACCAAAGCCAGGCAGGGGUGGGGGACUGUGGAGUCUUGAACUUGGAGACCGUUCCCUCCCCACACCCCAAGCAUCCAAGUGGCCCUGUGGUGAAGAGGACGUGAGACGUCUCUGAUGUGAGGGCCACAGCCUUCGACUAUCUGCAGGCCUCAUGGCUGAGUGAGCCUCCCUUGGGCCCAGCAACCUACCCCAGCAUGGUCCAGGCCUGUGAGGGGCGCUCCAGAGCACAGCUGCCGACCUUGUCUUUGGGGGCAGACAUGACUCAGCCUCCACCCGCCAAAGCUCCAGCCAAGAAGCAUGUGCGGCUGCAGGAGAGAAGGGGCUCCAGUGUGGCUCUGAUGCUGGAUGUGCGGUCACUGGGCACUGUCGAGCCCAUCUGCUCAGUGAACACACCCCGUGAAGUCACCCUGCACUUCCUGCGCACAGCCGGGCACCCCCUUACACGCUGGACUCUACAGCACCAGCCUCCCAGCCCCAAGCAGCUAGAAGAGGAAUUCUUGAAGAUCCCCUCAAACUUUGUCAACCCUGAAGACCUGGAUAUCCCUGGCCAUGCCUCCAAAGACCGAUACAAGACCAUCUUGCCAAAUCCCCAGAGCCGUGUCUGUCUUGGCCGGGCACACAGCCAGGAGGACAGCGACUACAUCAAUGCCAAUUACAUCCGGGGCUAUGAUGGAAAGGAGAAGGUCUACAUUGCUACCCAGGGCCCCAUGCCCAACACUGUAGCAGACUUCUGGGAGAUGGUGUGGCAGGAAGAUGUAUCCCUCAUUGUCAUGCUCACCCAGCUCCGAGAGGGCAAGGAGAAAUGUGUACACUACUGGCCCACAGAAGAGGAAGCCUAUGGGCCCUUCCAGAUCCGCAUCCAGGGCAUGAAAGAGCACCCAGAAUAUACUGUGAGGCACCUCACCAUUCAGCACCAACAGGAAUGCCGGUCAGUGAAACACAUCCUCUUCUCAGCCUGGCCAGACCACCAGACGCCAGAAUCAGCCGGGCCCCUGCUGCGCCUGGUGGCUGAGGUGGAGACCCCAGAGACAGCUGCCAACUCCGGGCCUAUAGUGGUCCACUGCAGCGCAGGGAUCGGUCGGACAGGCUGCUUCAUCGCCACCCGAAUCGGCUGCCAGCAGCUGAAGGCCCGAGGGGAGGUGGACAUUCUGGGCAUUGUGUGCCAACUUCGCCUAGACAGAGGAGGCAUGAUCCAGACGGCGGAGCAGUACCAGUUCCUACACCACACUUUGGCCCUGUAUGCAGCCCAGCUGCCCCCGGAGACCGACCCCUGACCCCUGACCCCUGACCCCUGACCCCUGACCCUCCACCAGCCCAGGGACCAACCUUCUCUCAGGUCAGGGACAGUGGGUCUGGGGAAGUGGGCUGUGCGCUCUGGCAUGGCUUCUGCAUAAGCACAGGAAAGGGAGCCUUGGAAGCAAGAAUGUUUUACAGUCUCAGGAAACUGCCCCAGCAAGCAACAGGGGCCAGGCCGUAGGUCUUCGCCACAGACCAUGACUCUGCCUUCUUCAGUGGCCCCCGGUGGACUCCAGGGGAGCUUCCCUAAGUGGCUCUGAACUUACAGAUAGGAGCUGGUCCUUGAAAUGGAUUGAGAAAGCGGCUGAGGCACUGGCUUGUCUUUGUGCUUCCUGUGGGCUCCUUUCCUUGUCGGUGACACAGAGUCAGUCCUUUGCUGCCAUUGUAGAAGCAGACAGAAUGUUCCUGAAAGCCAUUCCAGGUAGCCCUGCCGUUGGGGCUGCAGAGAUGCUGAUCGUAAGAUCCUCUUCCGGUAAGGCCUUGCCCACACACAGGCCAGAUGCAAGCGCAGGGAAAAUCCCAGUCUGACCUUGGUCAAAUCCUCUCUAUUCUACAUAGACUGCUCCUCCCCAUACACCGGGGGGUGCUGGAUGACCCGCUCAGAAGAGAAUAAAGGCCUUGGUUGGCCCCCCUCCACACCUGUGGUAAAAGGAGACGCAGAGGUAACCAGGUCCAGCAGUUAGGAAUCCCUGGAAGAGCCCAGGUGUGAUGACCUACGUACUCAUCCUCCAGCACUCAGGAGUAGAAGCAGGAGGAUUGCUGCAAAUUUGAGGCCAGCUAGAUCUAUAUUUUGAGUACCAGGCCAGACAGGACUACAUAGCAAGAUCUUCUCUUAAAAAAAAAAAAAAAAAAAAAAAGCAAUUUGAACUCUCUGGAGGAGAUGGGGGGGGGGGGGGGCUGCCUCUGCCUCCAUGGCUUCCUUCCUGCUGUCAUCUGCUCCCAACCACUCUCCGGGGAAAACCCAGCCUCUCUGCUUUGCUUCUGUGACUGACUUCAGAGCAUCCUCUGGGUACCCAUGAAGUAUCAAAGAAAGAGCAGAGGAGAGACAAAGAGCUGUGUCUGGUUCAAGAAAACCUACCUGCCAUCUCUCCCUCCCCGGCUUGUAUUUCUUUGCAGAGCCCUAGAUUGCUUACCGGGUCCCAGGAACAGACUGGGCUGUCACCACUUCAACCCUCAUCCUCAUCUCUUCAACACAGUUUUCAGGGAGCCCACGAUCUAUCUCAGGGAUGAACUACAUACCCGAGAAAGCCAGGCCAACCCUGAGUCUUCCUUGCUCCAGUUUGGACUGCCUGUGGGGAGGCAGGUGGAAUGCUAUUCCUCCUGUUUGGUCUUCAGCCCCUAGAUUGCUGCAUGGUACAGUCCUCUGUGAAAACCCCAAGGAGUUGGAGGAGUGACUGCCCUCUUGCUUCCUGGCAUCUCUCUGAAGAAUGCGCAGUGUCGAAAGCCCGUGAUCCACACUUGGACAGUGAAGACUGGAGAAUCAGGAGUUCUGGACCGGCCUUGGCGAUAUGGCACCCUAGCUCGAAUACUAAACACACAAAAUGAAUGUGAUGCUCCCACUGAGGCUAACAUUCUGAGUGUCUGCUUCUUUAGUCUUGGGGUGAUGGCUUGCAGUUUUCUAAGUCCCCUAAAAGCUCAGCACUGCCCAAGGUAGGCUUCUAAAGUAUCCAAUGCUACCAUGAGCUCAGAGCCUGUCUGGAAGGGAGUGAGGGAGGAAACUGCACAGCCCUAUGGGCACCCUCCCUCUACAGUCACCCCAACCCCGUUCUAGAGGGCACAGGCUCUGGAAAAGCUAAAUAAAUAAAUAACCUCUUGGAUACCCAA